ACCGUAUAGCUACCAAAGGCACAGAUCCAGCCCGGGCCGACCACCCAAUCCCCACCUCUCGCGAUUAGGGUUUCCGCCGCCGCCGCCGCCGCCGCACGUCUCGCCCGCCGGCCGCUCCUCCUCACCCCCUCCCCAGCGAAGCUCCGGCCGCCGCCGCCAUGUACGGCCACCGCGGGGCAAUGAUGGGAAGCGGGGGGGUUUCGGAUGGGUACGAGGGAUCAAAGAGGCCACGAAUGAUGGAAUCGAAUCCAUACUUCGCAGUGAACGCAGGGAGCCCGUUGGACGUUUCAAAGCGGGCCAGGAUGAUGGAGCCAGGCCCCCCAUAUUUUGCAGGCAUGGGAAGCAGCGCUGGUGGCAGCGGCAGCAGCUUCUACCCUAGCUACGGCGGCAACUUGGCCGGUGCUGCUGGGGUUAACAGUGGCAUCCAAAACUUUCCAGCGGUCCGUCUGCGAGGGCUCCCUUUUGACUGCGAGGAUGUUGACAUCAGCAAGUUUUUUUCUGGGCUGGACAUAGUGGACUGCCUCCUGGUCCACAAGAAUGGGCGCUUCUCUGGCGAGGCCUUUGUUGUCUUCCCUUCGUCCAUGCAAGCAGAGUUUGCGCUGCACCGCAACAGGCAGAACAUGGGCAGGAGGUACGUGGAGGUUUUCAGAUGCAAGAAGCAGGAAUACUACAGCGCAAUAGCCGCUGAGGUGAACCAGGGUGGUGCUCUCCUCGAGCCUGAGCACCGGCACUCCUCGCCUCCUCUACGGCCCAGGAGGCUGUCUGAAGACAAGAGCAGCAUGGAGUACACUGAGGUGCUGAAGCUGCGUGGGCUCCCUUACUCCGCCACCAUAGAGGACAUCAUCAAGUUCUUUGUGGAGUACGAGCUGACGGAGGAUAACGUGCACAUUGCCUACCGCUCGGACGGGAAGGCCACUGGCGAGGCCUUUGUGGAGUUCCCGACGGCCGAGGUUGCAAAGACUGCCAUGUGCAAGGAUAAGAUGACCAUCGGUACCAGGUACGUGGAGCUGUUUCCAUCGACCCCUGAGGAGGCGAGCAGGGCGAAGCCGCGGGGCAGGCACUGAACGCAGCUUACCACAAGACGCUGAACCCUGGGUGUCAGAAGGGCAUAAUCUUGUUCCGGUUUAGCCUUUGUGCUCUCAUCAUGCUUAAAAAUUGUAUCUCUGUUGGAUUGUGUUAGUUCGCGCUCCUGUUUCUGAUGAGACGGUCUCGUACUGCGUCUUCAGGGUAAAAAACUGUGUAUGAGAUACUUUGCUGAGUUUGUAACUGUUACCAUCCUUUUUUGAAAAAGUGCACUUGUACCUCAUGAUA